AUGAGGACGUGGCUAGGCGAGUGCCGCUUGUUGCCCUUGUCCAUAGCGGAGGGCUCCCAGUUUCUUGGAGUAUGUCCUUUGCCAGAAUGCAAAUUCAAAGAUGUCAGAAGAAAUGUUGUUAGGUUGACCUAUUUCUUUCCAGUGAGCUGCAGAACCAGGAAGUGGAGGAUGUUUGUGUUCUGUACUCGAGGAGAGCUCCAUAAGUACCGUGUCCCCAGCCUGCUGGAGAUUUACGGGCUCAGGGUGCACCACCUGCCCUUUCCUGUUCCUUUUUAG